CUAUAUAAAGGAAAGUCUGGGUAACUCACUCACAGUAGUACGCAGUCCGCUAUAUAGUCUUAUUCGUUUCACAGUUUUGCAGAAAGCAAUUUCUAGAGCAAAGUUAUUAAUAAAGGACGUGUGGGUAACUUUAACAUAGAUUGAAUUAUUGAGAACGGAUUGUUCUUUCGAAUAUCGUUGCGUGCAGCAAUAUCGCUGCACCAUAUUUGCAGCUUCUUGUCUUUACACACAACUUAUAUUUGUAAUUUCAGAUUUUAAAAUCCAGUAACUUAUAUACGCGCAAUGACGCAAGCCACAGAUAUUGAUAGGUACCUAGUCGAUGAUACUAUAUUUAAUCAAAUAAACGCCAGAUUUAUAAGACUGGAUUCGAAUGACAUAAGGCAACAAAAUCCGCACUUGAAAGUGUUUUUUGACAAGUUAACAAACGCUAUGAAAGAGCAUAGUCCUCUGUUUGCUAAAACAUUUCAAAGAAUUAUUUGGGUUGGAAGUUAUUAUAAAGGCACUCGUUUUGGACAACCGGAAGAAUACGAUGUUAAUUUUGUAAUCAACCUGCCCUUUAAAGAAAAAGAUAUAGAGUUUACGACAGAUCAUUUUAAACCAGGUUUUAUUAAAAUACGCACAGUUUGGAGAGAUAUAAAUCAUCAGAAUGUUUUAAAUUUAGAUCCGAAAGCAUCUAAAGAAUUGAAUUCCUUCAUCGAUGAUGAAUCGUAUCUAAACCAAGAAAAAUUUCGUACUUGGAUGGAAGGAAUUUUGACUAAAGUGGCCCACACUACUAGUGGACAUAGUACAAUUAAAUUUCCUGAUUUUAAACCAACAGGGAUAAGAAAGUCGGGACCAGCGUUUACACUAAAAUUAAAUUACGGAGGUAAUAUAACUGAUGUCGACAUUGAUGUGGUUCCCGUUUUAGCUUAUUCGACUCGUACUUUGCCACCGAAAUGUUCGAAAAUGGAUAUUUUACAAUCUCGAUCAUAUAGAUAUUGGUCCGCAGUUCCUAAACCCUUGAACAACGACAGUAGACCAGGUUACGGUAAUUUCCAUCGUUAUUGGCGAUUAUGUUUUUAUGAAUUUGAAAAAGACUUGCUUUCUAACCAUGAUUAUGGACGUGUGAAGCCUGUAAUACGUCAAUUAAAGAAACUUAGAGAUACACAAGGUUGGACAAAGGUUGCGAGCUAUUAUCUUGAGACAUUAUGCUACCAUGAAUUUGAAAUGUUCCAUAUUUCUCAGAAAAAAUCACAUACCUUCUUAUUCUUCAAGAUGUUGGAAAAGCUUCGCGAUGCUUUUCACAAUCAUUGCAUAAAAUACUAUUGGGACGAUGAUCUCAAUUUGUUGGAAAAUAUUGGACAUGACAAAAUGAAGAAUAUGGAGGGUAGAAUAGAAAGAGUUUUAAAAAACAUCAGGAAGACUAUCAAAGACGAUCCGUAUGCAAUAGCGGAAUGGGUUUUGAAUACUGAUGAAUUGAAGAGUUUGAUAAUUUACAUGCAACAUGAGAACAUGUCGGCACAACCGGAAUUCGAACCGGACACACCGGAACCCGCACCAGAUCAAUGGAAUUGCGUGAUUCUGUGACCACUCAA